GAAGUUUUCUUCUCUCUCUCUAUAUAAUCUUUAAACUUCUGGGUUUCCUUCUUUCACAAUCUCUUUCUCUCUCUCUCUCUCUCUGGUUAUAAGUCUCUGCAAAAAGAGUUUUACUUCUACUUCUGUGUAGAGAUCUUACAAUCUCAUAUAUGGCUUCUUCAAUCAUGUAAUCUUUCCUUCUUCUCGCCAUUCUAUAUUUUUUUUUCUUCAUUCCGACCCGGAUCCGUAACCAGCUCUCAGGCCCGUGGUUCUUCCCAAUCCUUUCUCCUCUUCAACCCAAGUUUUCAAAAGUCAGACCGCGUUGACCUUCUUCCUCUGGUCUCCCCUCCUCCUAUUUUCUCUUAGAAACUUGAACAACCUCACAAAGUUUCAUUCUUUUCUUUUGGUUCUCCUCUCUCUCUCUCUCUGUCUCUGUGUUUAUUGAGGGGUUCUGGGUUCUGUUGAUGAGGACUCUCUCUGAUUAGCAAGUCAGAGAAUUAAGUCAUCGAGUUUUGGUAUAAGCAAUGGCGAGCCAGACGGGUAAGAAAAUCAGGUUGGUGAAGUGUCCCAAGUGCUUAAAGAUUCUUCAGGAAGACGAAGAUGUUCCUGUUUAUCAGUGUGGUGGUUGCUCCGCCAUUCUUCAAGCGAAAAGGCGGAACAUUGCUCCAAUUAGUGCACCAAGUGCGGUAGAGACAGACAGGGCUCAAACCAAUGAGCCGCCAAGCGAGCCUGACAAUGUGUCCAGCAGCUCGGGGCAGGACGCGGUUCUUCCGGCAUCCUCUAAGCGUUCCUCGAGCCAAGAGUAUGAGAAGAGUAGGAAUUCACCCAUGGAGUCGACGGAGAAGGACCUUGGUGGCUUAGACUUAUCCAAUGGGAAUGAAACAAAUGAAAUUCAACGGCAGGAACCUUCAUUAUCUGAGAAGGAUGAAGGAGAAGACAACUACAGAUUGAAUUCUGAUGUGAUGAACACCAUGUCAAAAGCUGCAGGAUCUGGGGCUAGUAGCUCUGGAUGCUUCAGUGUUGAUCAUGUAGAGGCUACAAGAGCGAGCAAUUCAUCUGAUAAUGCUGAAAUCUCACCUGAUGCCUCCCCUGUUGAAGAGAAGCAAAGCCCACUUGAUUUUCCCGCAAACAAGACUCCUUCUGCGUAUGAUACGGUACCUGCAAGAACAAGUAAUUCAUCUAAUAAUGCUGAGAUCUCACCAGAGGCUUCCCCUGUUGGAGAGAAGCAAACCCAACUUGAUUAUCCUGUUAACAAGACUUCUUCUGCUUAUGAUGCGGUGGCUGCAAGAGCAAGUAAUUCAUCUGGUAAUGCUGAGAUCUCACCUGAUACUUCCCCUGUCGAAGAGAAGCAAAGCCGACUUGAUUAUUCUGCAAACAAGACUUCUUCUGCUUAUGAUGGGAGUGAGUCUUCGUCUGACGAAAGGGAAGAUGAACUUCUCGAUGAACCUGAACAGUGGUAUGCUCUUCAGAAACUAAGAUCAGACAAAUUUGAGAUGCCUAGAUAUUCUGGGAAUUAUAAGGAGGAAGGCGCUAGUUCUUCCUCCACUUUCUUUGAGAAUAGGCGCAAUGGGAUAAGCACAUACAACGAACGGCAUCAGAACAGGUCUCUGCAACUAGAGGGACCAGGAGGGCGUCUUGGUAGACAAGGGAGGAGAUAUGUGACAGAACAACUUCGGCCUGACGCGCCUUUCUAUCCGAGAGAACCAUACACACGUGUAAGCCCUUCAUAUCCAUCACAUGAUGAGUUUGAUCGCUAUUCCCGUGCACACUCGCUUCAAAUGCCUCCCUACGCUGGAGGAAUGAACCACGAAUUUGUAGACUAUAUGUAUCACAACAACCCAAGGGAAAGAGGUCUGGGCCAAGGGGGUAGGAUCUCAGGAGAGAUGGACAGAAGAAACCAUGGCGGUUGGAAAUCAGGUCAGGUUCAUAAUUCUUACAGUUCAUAUUCUGCAAGUCCACAGAGACUGAUGGAACAAUCUGAGUAUCAACCGAGAUGGAGCCACGAGAUAGUCUCAGAUAUGGAGGAUCAUCAGCGUAACAGACAUGCUGUUCACCACCAUGAGUUACAGACCCGUCGUCUUAAAGAGAGACAACGGGUGGCCAAACGUCAUGUUCGUCCAACAGCCGGUGGGGCACCUUUCGUCAGCUGUUACAGGUGCUCAGAACACCUGCAGCUUCCUGUAGACUUUCUCGUCUUCAAGAGAAAGCAUCAUCUUCUCAGAUGCGGCACUUGCACCACUGUUCUCAGAUUCUCACUUCAAUCGGGAACUCAUUUAAUUCCUGCCGUACCACAUGACAUAAAUGUUCGUAGAAAUAGCAAUUCAAUAUCAGAUUCUUCCAGAGACAAAGCUCCCUCCCAGCAUGAAAAGUUGAGCUCCUCUGUUCAGGAUGAGGAGCUACCUGCGGCUAGAGGCUCUCCGCUUCACCGACUAAUGGGAUAUUCUACUGUAAGCCAAGUCUUUAAAGCUUCACAGCGUCCUCCUUCUGCAUAGAUCUCUGCUUCUGAUGAAGCAACGAGAACUAUGUGCUUCUGAGAUAGAGAGUUUUGCCAUUGGCUUAUCAUUCUUUUUUUCAAAUCUGUGUAUAGGUUAAAAGAUUUGUUUCUGCACUUUUGUUUAAAGUAGAAACUACACUUGUGCAAAAUUAUACAAAAAAGAAGAAGCAGAUAUUGCUCAUCUAUUGUAUAUAGUCAUGAAUCUUAUGAUAUGUUUGUAACAAGAUUGAAUUUAUCAUCA